AGUUACUAAUAUUGUUAAUAAUAAUAUCUUCUCUUCCAGAAAAGAGCAAGAAUCUCUUAUCUCUUUUCACCGUCUCUUAUUCCUCUAUGGCUCUGUCCAGUCCCACUCACUAAUCCUUCAUAUCCAUAUUUCCUCAAUUGCUCAGAUCCAUCGGAAUUAAAAGUGAAGAAACUGAAGGUUUUUGCAAUUUCUGUCCGUGAUUGGUGAUUUGAAGUUUUGAUUGGGAGUUUUUCAGGCUAUCUUACAGGAAGUGAGAGAUGGCGUCACUGCAAGGACCAGUCAUUUGCCCAGCUGUCCGCUCAAGACAGGCUGGAGUGUAUACUUUCCCGGUGAAUGUCCCUGUGAUAAAGGCUAGGCUACUUAGACGUGAGUUAUGGGGAUUCAAGAGGUUCAGCUGCGACACUAAGUUGGGGGUAUCUCAUCAUCAACUGACUGCGCGAAAGUGCAACACGGUGAAGUGUACUUUAAGUUCAUCGUCAGAUGAUAAUGGCAGCACUGCAGAAAACUUCAAUGAGAGUCAUGAAGAUUAUGUCAACUCUAGCAUAAUUGAAGCCGUCGAGGUAAAGAGUGGAGUUGAUGGUUUCAUGGUUAAAAUGAGGGAUGGUAGGCACCUGAGGUGCGUCCAUAACAGCCCUCAAGGUGGGCAUCUCCCAGAUUAUGCUCCACAUCCAGCAAUUGUAUUGAAGAUGGAAGAUGGGACCGGUCUUCUCCUCCCUAUAAUCGUCUUGGAGAUGCCAAGUGUUCUGCUUAUGGCUGCAUUGCGCAAUGUCCAAAUUGCUAGGCCCACGAUGUACCAAGUGGUGCAGGAGAUGAUUGACAAGAUGGGCUACGCAGUCAAACUUGUUAGAGUUACAAAGAGAGUGCAUGAGGCAUAUUUCGCUCAGUUGUACCUGACGAAGAUUGGCAAUGAAACUGAGAGUGUCAGCUUUGACCUUCGCCCUUCGGAUGCCAUCAACAUUGCAGUGAGAUGCAAGGUACCAAUACAAGUGAACAAGUACUUGGCAUACAGUGAUGGGAUGAGAGUGAUUGAGUCUGGCAAGCUAUCAGCACAUACCCCGGCUUCAGAUGGCUUAUUGUUCACGGAGUUGGACCGGCCCAGUAGCCAGCCUUGUCUUGAUACAGAGGAAUUUAAUCUUGUGAGCAACAUGAUCAAGGCUGCUGUUGAGGAACGCUACGGAGAUGCAGCACAAUGGAGGGACAAGCUUGGUAAAUUUCGGGCUAAAAGAAACCUGAGGAAGUACACAUAACAAGUUCGAGUCUUACCGUUGCUCCUGAUAUCAAAUGAUGAAAUGUUAGAGCACGAUUAGAAGAAUUUUUCGCCUGUUCACUCUAUAUCUUGCAGUAAUCCUAUAUUUGGUGCAAGUUGCAACACAGUGAGAACUCCCACUAACGAGUUCUUUCUUUUCUCCUUUGAUCUUUACUGUCUCAGUUACCCUCAGAAUAUGUAAAUAGAAACCAUUGUUCGAGGCUGACAAGUUCGGCCAAGUACGCUGUAUAGUCAGCAAUUUGGGCUCCUUCUAUCUCCUUACAUACGUAGCAAGCUUGUGAAUAUAUGUAUAGGGUCCAAAGUUUAAACUCUGCGCUAAUGUAAUGUUGAUGCAUAUGCACUCUAGUUGAUGUAUGGUAACAUAUAUGUUUAUCCAAAUUGUUCUCUUUUUAAUUAA